AUGUCUCAUUCAACUGAUUUCUAUGGGUAUCUCCCCAGCAAGCCAGCGUCGUUAUUUGGAAUUGUCUACUUCGGCACCACAGCAAUUAUAUGCACUCUACAGAUUAUAUUUGGAAGAUACAAGCACUAUUGGAUGGCCACCAUUGCCCUCGCUGCUGUGGGUGAGGCCCUCGGCUGGGGGGCGCGAUUCUGGGCUCAUAUCGCUCCAGAUGAUUGGAUGCCAUUCAUGAUCCAAAUUUGCAGUCUCGCUAUCACUCCGGUCCUCAUUUCCGCCGCAGACUAUGUCCUCUUUUGUCAAAUCGUUCAAAACAAUGGAUCUCGACUAUUCUUUGUCCCGGCACGAUUCUUCUGGAUUGGUUUCAUUCUUUUGGAUAUCAUCUCAUUAUCCAUUCAAACCGUAGGAGGAGUUUUGGUCUCAAGUGCCCAGAACGAGGACCAACUGAACUAUGGAUCUCGCAUCAUGCUGGAUGGCAUCAUAUUUCAAUUCAGCAACACUGUCUUAUUCGUUAUAUUGUUGUUAGGGACAAUAUUCAGGUUGCGCUCGAAGGGUAUCCGGCAACGAUCGGUCACUGGGUGGCCGGUCAUGCUAGCUAUGUGGAUUUCCACUGUGAUGGUUUUUGUUCGCAAUGCAUAUCGAAUCGCUGAGCUGUCUGCUGGGUGGAAUGGCCGUUUGGUGCGCACUGAAUGGUACCUCAUAGCUUUUGAUAUGGUGCCAAUGGCGGUGGCAGUGGGGGCAUUAGUUGUGUUCAGUCCAUCCUUCUUUUUUGGGGAUGAUGAGCACGAGGGAGAGGCUAAGCAAGCGCGCUCAACUGAUUGUAUUCCGCUUUGUUAA